CCUAGCAACAAAACUCGUCAACAAGACGUUUAAAUCAUAGACCACAAACUCUACGGACAUUAAAGUCUCGAUCUCUCUCACUCUUCAUCCAUCUGUAAAGUAAACUUUUUAUUUUUUUUUAUAUUUUUAGUGUUUAUUCAUGAUAAAUAGUGAGAAACACCUCGCUCAUUACACAUCUUUGGUUUUUAAAAGUUAAUAUUUGGGAACCUGAUGUUGACUGUCAGUCAAGACAAGUGAAAGCAUUUUUUUUUUUUUUUUUUUUUUUUUUUUGAUUUUUUGGGGGGGAUAUUUAAACAAAAUGCACAUCCAGUGGAGUCAUUUAUCUGCCAGGAAUAUGCCACCCAGACCUCACACAAGGUCGGUGCUAAUAACCUCCUACAUUUCACAACAAAACUCUACAAGAAGUGUGUCAGCUCGCUCACUAGGCCAGCGCACACAAGCUGGCCACACUAACCGCUGGCAGCUGCCUGGUGCUUUAGGCAGUGACCUAUUGGGACAGGCACAGGUUCAGAAGGCAGAUGAGUUCUGCAGUAAAUCGUCAGACAGAAAAAAUAAUUCAGCUGACCCCAUGGCACUCCACUGGCACGAGACUGCCGCUAGCGGCCCACAUUCCCCUUUGCCAUGUCUCGUUCACCCGCACUCGGCCUGCCGACGUGCCCGACUCUGCAAAGAUGUCACAUGGUCUUCAAACACUCCAGAGGAACGAUUUGAUGUUUUGUCUCACAAAGUAACCCAUAACGCUAAACCAGAUGCAGUACUGGAAUGUCUGGGGGUCAGAUGGAAGCUACAUGGCUCCUUCCUGAGUAGUUCAGACACGUUAAUUGAGUUGUAUACCAACAGCAAGAGACAGCAGGAUGUUGAGAGAGCAGUCAUUGGGAAAGACAGCAGAGUUAGUAGUUCUGCAUCUGAGAGAGGACUUGUCUACAGGAAGUGGCUUCUCAGAGGUCCUUUGACUCUCCGACUGCCUGUCAAAGAUGACUCCAUCAAUAAAGAGGCAUUGUCUUUUGCCCUGCGUACACUCUAUGACCCCGAGGAACGCCCUGAUGAGUGGGGAGAGGCCGUACUCUCCACUGCUUCAUUACUGGGAAUGUCAAACCUCUUCCAGAAGUGUCUUACAGAGAUGAUGGCACAUAUCUCGUCUUCGACUGUGUGCAGCUUUCAUCAAGUGUCCUGCAAGUUUAAAGAGACUUUUCUCCAGAGAGCAUGUGAGCGCUGGUUGGAGCUGUUCCUAGUUACCGAACUCUCCUUCCACAUAAAACUCAAAGAUUUGCCUUUUGACCUCAUGCUGAAGACCCUGCGUUGUCCAAGACUGUUUACAUCUAAUGAAUACGAGGUCUUGAGAGCAGUGCUGUACUGGCUGUACCUGAAGUUAAACCCCCUCCGAGAGACCCUACCUGCCCAUAGCACCAUCAUCCACUUCUUCUCCAGGGAAACGGCUGUUUUCUUGGAACAGCCUCAGGGUCAAAAAUACAUCACUAUAUUUCAAGCUCUUCGUAUGCAUGGCAUUACUGAAUGGCAGCAUCUGCAGGAGCUGCAGAACAUCAGAGUGCUUCCUGAAUCCUGGCUGCUGAGCAUCCUGUCAAACCAUUAUCACACUCUUCACAGCGGGGGCGAUAUGGUCGUGACCGACUUCUCCAAACAAGCCAUUCGGUUUGGAAUGAUCUUUGAUGGGGAACAAGAGUGCUGCACUCAAACCAUCAGCCUUUGUGGUUUUUACUUUCUUCUCAAAGCUGCUAAAUUGGGCGAAUCAGAUACGUACAACUUCUCCUUUGAGAGGUUAAGACACUGGGAUCCUGCUGUAUCACAGUCUUCCAUAGUGAGCCGUCCAUACUGUAUGAGGCCAGAUCGAUUGGUGAGCUAUCACAUCACAGUGCAAAGCUUCGCCAAUGGCAGUUGGCAAGAGCACAGCAGUGGACCUGUCAGUCAAGAGUUUGGCUUAUGCAGACGCCUCAGUAGAAGCAAGCCGUUUCAGAUUGAAGGAAUUUUCCAACCCAUCUUGGUCACGUUUGCUCUGGCAUUCCCAUUUUGAUGGUUCCUCUCCCUGGACUUUUUGCUGUUAAAUAAAACAAACAUCAAUGCA